AUGUCCGGAGACCAUCAACAUCACCAUCACCAUCACGGCCACGGCCACAACCAUACCCAGGUCAAUGGAGAGUAUUGGAGUUCUGCCGCCUCUACUGCGUUUAACUCCGAAUGGGUCCUCUCUUGUCAAAAGCAAAUCCGUGAGCAUCUACAGGAGAACCUAUCUUGGUUCGGUGCCCAUCCCCCAAGUGAUGGUCAACUGGAGGGCAAAAUGAUGGACUAUGCUUGUGGUGAAGGAUACAUCUCUCGGUUCUUCACUUCUUACUUCUCCAAAUGUAUCGGCGUCGACGCUGCUACGGGCAUGGUCGACAAGUUCAACCAAACAGCUCGCCAGGAGAAAUUGCCGGAAUCCCAGAUAUACGCUGUCCAGGGUAAUCUGACUGAAUCUGAAGGCACUUCCUCUAUUGCCGGGGAGGAGUUCUUUAAUUUUGAUCUUAUCAUUAUUGUCCAUGCGCUGCAUCAUGUCGACGAUCCGCAGAAGCUGAUUAACAGGUUCAUCGAGCGUCUUCGACCAGGUGGCAUUGUGGUAGUUGCCGAUUGGGAGAAGACAGGAAAGCAGUUUAAUUUAGCUAACAUCGAUCAUCCUGCUGCGCAUACGGUGUCGCACAGCGGGUUCACCGGGGAGGAGAUGCAUGGAUUUUUCAAGAAUGCAGGGUGCAAGGAGAGCGACUAUACGGUGCUGAAGGAGAAGAUGACUGUUCCCGAGGCCUGGGGUGGGAAGCAGACUCUCUUCUUUGCAAAGGGGAGGAAGUGA